GGUGACGUCAGGUUCGGCUCGGCGGUGUCAUGGCGCGGAUGGGGCUGAGCGCGGAGCCGCAGUGCUGAAGCCCGACAUGGAGAAAAAUGCGAACCUGCACCGGGACUCCGGCGGGAGCUCGGUCUGCGCCACCCUCCCGGUGCAGCCCGGUGAGGCGUGGGCGGCCGGGGGCGGCGGGAAGAGGGACCCGUGCGCGGCGGAGAACGCUAGCUCUGACCUGCAGACGGGGCGGACGGACGGUGGCGGAGUGGCCGAGCCAGGCUCACCCGAGCUGGGCUGCACGCAGGCCGAGGCCCCGCUGCCUGGAGACGGGGAGGAUGCGAGGUGUGGGGAGGCGUGCAGUAACGGGCCGGGCUGCGGGGCUCCGGGAGCUGCUGCUGAACUAAACCCGCUCCCUCCAGCCCAGCCCGCCCAGCUGGAGUCCAAACAGAGCAGAGAGGAACUUAAUGUGCCUACAGGGAGGGCUGGAGACAGCCCCCCGGACGGGAGGGACUCCAGGGGCCGGGGGUCGGUGGACCUCUCUGAGCCGACCACUGGUGGAGCUCUGGCCGGCGGGAGUGAACCCUCUCCCAGCCCCGAGUCCCUAGACUCCUCCUCCAUCCUGAACUCCUGCCCCAGCCCAGAGGUGAAUGGAGAAGGCCUGGAGGACAGGGGUCCGGCCUCUGCCCUGGAGGAGGAGAAGAAGGCGGCCUGCUGCAGGGACCGGGGGGCCGGACAGUCCAUCUACCACAUCAAGUGGAUCAGGUGGAAAGAGGAGAACACACCUGUCAUCACCCAGAACGAGAACGGGCCCUGCCCUUUACUGGCCAUUAUGAAUGUCCUCCUGCUGGCCUGGAAGGUCAAGCUGCCGCCAAUGAUGGAGAUCAUCACAGCGGAGCAGCUGAUGGAGUAUCUGGGAGAUUACAUCCUCGAUGCCAAACCCAAGGAGAUCUCCGAGGCCCAGCGGCUGAACUACGAACAGAAUAUGAGUGAUGCGAUGGCGGUCCUCCAUAAGCUGCAGACAGGGCUGGACGUGAAUGUGAAGUUUACGGGGGUCCGUGUGUUUGAAUACACUCCAGAGUGUAUCGUCUUCGACCUGCUGGACAUCCCACUCUACCAUGGUUGGCUUGUUGACCCACAGAUGGCUGAUAUAGUGAAGGCGGUGGGGAACUGCAGUUAUAAUCAGCUGGUGGAGAAGAUAAUCAGCUAUAAACAGUCAGAGAGCAGCGAGCUGGCUGGAGAAGGGUUUGUAGCAGAGCAGUUCCUCAACAGUACAGCCACCCAGCUGACCUAUCACGGCCUGUGUGAGCUCACCUCCAGCGUGCAGGAGGGAGAGCUGUGCGUGUUCUUCAGAAACAACCACUUCAGCACCAUGACCAAAUUCAAGGGCCAGCUGUACCUGCUGGUGACGGAUCAGGGCUUCCUGACGGAGGAGAAGGUGGUGUGGGAGAGUUUGCAUAAUGUCGAUGGAGACGGGAACUUCUGCGACUCAGAGUUUCGGCUGAGGCCGCCGUCCGACCCGGAGAGCGUGUACCGCGGGCAGCAGGAUCAGAUCGACCAGGACUACCUGAUGGCUCUGUCACUGCAGCAGGAGCAGCAGGCCUCUGAGCUGGGCUGGGAGCAGCUCCCGGAGGGGAUCAGUGAUCUGGAGCUGGCUAAGAAGCUGCAGGAGGAGGAGGACCGCAGAGCUUCACAGUUCUACCAGGAGCAGGAGCAGGAGCAGGCUCAAGCAGCCGCAGCCGCACAGGCCCAGGCACAGGGUCAGCAGCAGGCAGCAGGGGGCGUUCAGGCUGACGGAGCGUCCGGAGGAUCGGCAGCAGCAGUGGCGGCCGGCGCCUCGGCCGGGGGGACAGCUGCCUCCCCGAGCCCAGGCAAGCAGCCCUCGACGGGGGAGCGCAAGGCCAAGAAAGAGGCCAAGGACAAAGAUAAGUGCGUCCUGUUGUAACAGCGGUGGAGCUGCUCACUGUCUCUGCUGAAGGAAACGAGCGGGAGGAGCGACUGACAUUUCAAAACUGACUCGGUCCGGGACGACCAGACAGUGCGGCCAGAGGAAGAUGGACGACAGGAGAAGAGGAUGCGCUGUUCCUAAGCCACCGGUGCCUGACUUUCUCUGCCCUCCGUGCUCUGAACACACACAGACGAGCAGCUGAGGGCGGCUGAGUGAAAUAAACACUCGCUCUGCGUAUUUCCUACAGCUGACCCAACCUACUUCCGCACAGUGCUCCACGCUGUGGGGUGACCUCAACAUUUGGAAGGGUUGAUUUUAUAGCAAAAGCAGAAAAAUAUAGAAACACUACCAGAGGGAGAAAAAGAUAAUGGCGCCUGUUUUUGUUUUUUUCUUUUUUUUCUUUUCCUCGUUUUCGAUUUCCGUUAUCGUUGUUUAUAAGCUAUUUUAUACCAACACAUUUACACUUCACUUAUAGAGAAAGGCUAUAGACUGAGGUUGAGGUGUGUUAUUGGUUCAUUUCUGAGGCAGGAUGUUAAUAUAGUAAAGGCCAGACUCGGGCCUGUAGUGACAGGUAGCAGGUUUUGGGUUUGUUUGGGUCUUCAUCUGAUCUUUUAUAACAGUAAAACUGUUGCCAUACGCACCACACCACUGGCUAUCCAAGUCGUCGUGCCACGAGAGACUGAUUGAUUAAAGAUUUAUACAAUAUGUCCAUAAGUUUGUAGACAACUGAAUUAAAGCCAUUAAAGGGAGUUAAAAGGCACUAGAGGUGGGCGAUAUAUUAAUAUUUGUGUCAUGAUACAAAUAUCAGUAUCAUUUCAGUCAACACCAUUCCACUGCUUGAAACUGGGGGAUUUAUACCACUCUAGCUGGCAAUGGCAUUAGGCACCGUGACAUUAUUUAACGUUAUUUAUGAUCAUGUGUGCACUAAGCCUGCAACUAAUAAUUGCUGUGGUAGUCCACUAAUCUGGUGAUUAUUUUUUCCAUACUUUCCAUUGUUAAAAAUGAAAAUGAAACCCACCCAGAUAAUUGAAAAUGGAAAAUGCCAGUCUUUAGUGAGUAAAUGUGUGAUCUUUUGUGUUUGGACACUUUUGGAGACACAGGCUGAGUCCAGUGUUUAACUGUGUGCUGUUCCAUGUAACGAUUAGUUGCCAAAAGUAUAUAUUUUUUAGUCGACAUUGUCGAUUAUAUCAACUAAUCGUUGCAACCCCAAUAGUUUUCAUUGGCAGUGGAUUUCAAGGCUUGGAGUAAGGGAAUAAAAAUCAUUUAGAAAAAAAUGUCUGCAUACUUAUGGACCUAUUCAUAUUUUAAAGGGAUUUUUUGCCAUUUGGGAAUUCCAAUUUUUGCCUAAACUCUUACAAAUUUUCAGUCUCAGUCGAGUUCAGAUUGCCUUACAGUGAAAUCUCUGCCCAUAUUCUCUCUGAAUUUGUUACCAGACCGUAUAGUGUUACAGUGCAGCUUACCCAAGCGUUUAUUGUUUGCCAACUAUAUUCUGCACCAAUGCUGAGUCAUAGUCGUCAUAGUCGUAGAUCAUUUCAUAUAUGAUAUUUAAGAGCUCUCCUCUUUUUAUCGCCACAUUUCUUUUAAUCUGAAUCGAUCAGAUUACGACGUCAAUAAGUAGCUGCCGCUGACUGAAGCUACCAGACCCACCCUGCCCCCAAAACUUGAUCAUUUAUUACGCGUCACACACACUUGAUGUUAUUUUGGUUGGAUUUUAUGAUGUAUAACUUUAUUAUUUGAGUAUUAUUUUCUUUAUUUGUUUGUGCCACAGAGCUUCUGCCGUUUCUGUUCACUCGAAUUGUACUCUGUGUGUAAAUACAUGUACCCUACAGUGCACACGCUCGAGCGGAACUCACCCCCCCCCCCAUCCCCCAUCCCCAUCUGUGCUACUGCCUUCUCCUGAGGAACAGACCGUUUGUUUUAUAUCGAUACAUUCCAGCAGAAUGCCUUGAGUGGAGCGCCGUAUGGAGGCUCAGACCCGCGCUCGCUUCCUCUCCGCUCGGCUAGAGGGCGCUGUGUGUCUGAGUGCGAGUGCGAGUUUGCGCUUCAUUAAUGCGAAGUUAGGGUCACUCCAACACUUGGAGUGUGUGUGUAGGAGUGUGUGUAAGUGUUUUACACACAGUAGAAGGGAUGGUUCUCAGUCCCAGUCUUGUUGACUUUAAGUUCUGCACGUUUUUGUUUUUUUUGUUUUGUUUUUUGCUCAGACACACCAGUUUCAGCUCUUAUCUCUCAAUUUACCAGCAAUGAAGAAUAACUAAGAUAAAGGGAAUUAUCAAACCUGAAAUACCUAUCACAAUACAGAGGCUAUAAUUAAAUAUAUCGCAAUAGUGAAAACGGUAUAGGUGAUAUAUUGCUACUGUUUCAGUCAAAUUGUAGGCAAAUCACAUAGUAUAAAAACACACAGCAUUCAAAUAAGAAAGAGAGAAGUUGACUUUUAUUCUAGUGAGCGAGGUUUAAAUACAACAUUAAAUUAAUGAGUAUCUAAUGCCAGUCUUUACAUCUAAACUAUUGAUAUAUAUAUAUAUAUAUAUUAAUACUGUGCUUUUAAAAAAUUAAACAGUAUUGCAAAACAUGAUAUCACAAUACUUUGAUUUAUCAAUAUAUUUUUAGACCCCUAAUUAGUUAACAUCAGUAAUCCUAUUUAAGACAUUUUCAGGCUCUGUCCUCAUAACACAAACUCCUAUAAAGAUGAAUAAAUUAAAUUUUAUUCAUCAUAUUUUUAAGGGAAAAAAUAUUUGAAAGCAAAUUGACUUUUAAUGCUGUUUUGUAUUACAGCUGUCAAAGCACAAUAAGCUUCAUCAGAAUGUAUAUUUUUUUAUUUCCAUUACUUGGAGUGCAGUAAUUUCAAUUACUGUCGUCCUCAGAGAGUGGCAGGCUUCCCCUCAAAGCUGGCCCUGGCACUGGGCACAGUGACCUUAUACAUGUGGAUGUUCCAUAGCGUCCUAUUUAAUUGGCAAUGGUUUUUAAGGCUUAAUGAGCUUUGUAGCCUCUUGCUCUCAUUCAUACACUUUGUAGGUUGUUUUUACUCCUCUCUGUUGCUUAUGUUUUUAUUAUUCGAUAAUUCGAUUGGUGAAGCUAAAUAUAGGAGAAACUAUUUAAAGAAAAAUAAAUAAUAUGAAACAGUUAUUACAUUUUCUGGUACACCCUUUUAAGAAAGUCACAUGAUGCUCAGUGUUGAAACUGGUGUGUUUAAGUGGGAGAAUACAAAAUAAUACAAAAACCUGCAGCACAUGUGUCUCCAGGACUGGGACUCUGAGCCCGUGCCGUAGAGAGAUGUACCUACUUGACGUGGGCUGGAGUUGUCUUAUAGGGGCCCUCAGUGGCCCAAACUCUCUGUAUAUAAAUAAGCCUUACAACAUUUACAAUAACUUUUAUACAAGCAGAAAAAAAGACGUAGACGUGAGAGACGAGACGGAGACAAUCUGAAGACUUUCCCACAGACAGAACCACUCAGGCCUUCCGAGAAGGACCGCAUCCUGGAGUGUCUUGCUGAUAGUAAAAGCUGCCUUGGUAAAGAGUGAGGGUAACCACGAGGGUUAAAAUAAACAGGGUUCAAAUUCAGUAACAAAAAUCCAUCCCUCUAACCGGGGUUUCAGUAAAAAGGGGGUACAGGUGAGAUACGGCGUUAAUGGAGUCGUUGAAGCGUUUUUUCUGCCUCGCCAUAUUAGCUUUAGCUUAAGUUUUACACACAAGGCAGUUUACAAGCACCUAAACAGGUCAGCCAUACAUCAUGGUGGCUCGUCGCUGCGAGAGAAACCAGGGCUUCAUCCCGUCUGACUGAACAGAUCAGACUAAAUUAAACACUACAGAAGCUGUGUCCUCUACAUCACCAAACUUUCAGAGAUCACCCAUAUUAAAUCAUCCACACCACACUGACCAGCAGCUUCAUUAAUCCCACCACUGUUCAUUAUACAUCAGCUCAACCAACACAGACUGUAGUCCUGUAUCUCUUUCUCUACAUACUUUAUUAUUAUCCUCCUUCACCCUGUUCUUCUAUUUUUAUUUAUUUAUGUUACACCCUCAUCACUAGUGAUGCUCUAACACAUCAGGAAGGUGAAGACUAGCUCAUGCCUCCUGCAAAACAUGUGAAGUCAGACUCCACCUCUUUUUGAACUGCUGCUGAUGAUGCAGCAUUGCAGAGUAGCAUCACAGCGCACUCGGAGAAAAGCGCAGAAACUCGGUUCUGAUACAUCAGCUCACAGAUGCCUUAUGCUGAUCCACAUCACCCUUACGAGUGAUGUGGAAAGGCAGCACCAUCUACCCACCCAGAGAGAGAGCAAAGCAAAUUGUGCUCUCUCAGGGAUCCAGCAGCUGAUGGCAAACUGCAUGACUGGGAUUUUUUAAUGUUCAGGGCCCCAUAGGAGAGAAACAGAGAGAAACAGAUACAGGACUACAGUCUGUUAUUAUAGAAAUAUGAUCAGUGGAGCUGAAAACGCUGGUAAUGGGUUUAAAAACAAGGCGGUGGUGAUAAUUUUCUGAUGUGACUGAUUAAGCCAUUAAAAUGGCUUAAAACACUACCUUUUCAGACACCGCUACAAAAAUAGUAGAACUGCAUUAGUAGUGCACUACAAUAGUAAGUAGGACACAGCUUCAGACCCAGCUAUGGACUUUCCCAGCGUGCGUGCGCACACACAUUUACACAAAACACUGCAUUUUGUUGCCAGUUCAGUCCAUUAGCUUUGCCAUUUGCAUUGAUCACCAACAACAGCUCCCUCAGAUACACCCCCUUCUGUUUGUUACUUGUGCUUGAGCUGAAAUCUUUGCUCCUGAAUUUUGUGUUCAUUACAGAUUUACUGUUUUGUGUGGAAUGUCACUAAGGGCAUAUUUAAACAGGGGCUGGUACUGGUUAGUUUGUUGCUGUUAAGUUGGGUGAACACUGUAACAUAAGGGUGCCCUCGACUGUUUUAGUCAUUGUAAUUGGUUCUGCACUGUUACUGUUAUGUGGAUGGGAUGCACUACUAAGGAGCAAAAAUACCUCAUUUUCUACACGAUUAGACCGAGUGCCAGAGUGAUUGUGUUUGUUUGGAAACCCCCAGAAAUAAAAGAAAGCAGAAUAAUGAAAAGAA